AUCAUCUGUACGCGACAGAACAAAUGAGGGAGGCUCGUGUUUAUUUGAAGAGAUAUUAAAAGAAUGUUUGCAGCUCACUGAGUCGAGUCUGACUGAAGGGCGCUGAGAUGGCCACACAGAGAGUCCUCCCGCAAAGCAAAGAAACUCUUCUGCAGAACUACAACAAGAGACUUAAAGAUGACAUCAGGUCAAUUCUAGACAAUUUUACGGAAAUAAUCAAAUCAGCAAAGGUGGAAGAAGAGACUCAGGUUUCCAGAGCGACACAAGCUGAGCAGGACCACUAUGAAAUGCACGUGCGAGCUGCCAACAUUGUACGCGCAGGAGAGUCUCUCAUGAAGCUUGUCUCAGACCUGAAGCAGUUCCUCAUCCUGAAUGACUUCCCUUCUGUCAACGAGGCCAUCAGUCUCCGCAACCAGCAGCUGCGCACGCUGCAGGAAGAGUGCGACAAGAAGCUCAUCUCCCUGCGUGAUGAGAUUGCCAUUGACCUGUAUGAGCUUGAGGAAGAGUAUUACUCCUCCAGCUGUGGACAGUGGGAUGGUGUUGAGUUGCCACUUUGUGAGGCCUUUCAUCGGCAGGACAGUUGGGGGUCCCCUGAGAUGACCUCUGACCCCUCACGUGCCAACCCAGAGGAUUCAGACAACUUGGGGUCGCAGGAGUCCAUGCAGCGUCACCUCAACAGCCACGGCAGCAGCACUAGUGAGCAGUCAUGAAAUACUGGUGGCUUCCUUCAUAGUCCAGUUAGAUUACACAGCUAAGCAAUUUACCAUCAUAAUAAGCCCCAUCUUAAACCACCAGCUGCAGACUGCAAAUCUAAACAAUUACUUGAAUUGAUAAUGUGAUUUUGUCCUGCAAAUAUGACACUGAAUUAAUGCUGAGAACUACUGUAGUUGGGUAACAUGCUACAUUGGUAUAAUGAAGUGUUUGCCUUUCUAUCUGUAUACAACUAAGUUUAAUGUCUCUGAGUGAUAUUACAACUAUGCUACA